AUGGAAGGGGACCCAGGACUUCGAGGAGCUUUGGGAGUUGGGGAGGGCGAGAAUCGGGGAGGAGGUAUCACAGGAGGGGAUAAUCAGGGAGGGGGCGUCGGGGGCGCGCCGGAAGUGGAGAAUCAGGGACGUGGUGUCAAAAUGGAAGGGGAGAAUCAGGGAGAGGGCGUCACAGGAGUGGAUAAUCGAGGAGGGGGCGGCGGGGGCGUCACGGAAUUGGAGAAUCAGGGACGGGGCAUCACAAGGCAGGAAGAGAAUCAGGGAAGGGGCGUCACGAGGAAGGGGGAGAAUCGGGAAGUGGGCGUCACAAAGGACGGGGAGAAUCAGGGAGGUGGCAUCACAAUCGGGGAGUGGGCGCAGGGGGCACCACAGGAGGAGAGUAUGAGGGACGGAACGUCACAAGGGAGGGGGAGAAUUGGGGAGGGGGCGUCCCAAGAUGGGGAGAAUCAGGGAGUGGGCGUCACAGGAGGGGAGAAUGGAGGAGGGGUGUCACAGGAGGCGGAGAAGCGGGGAGGAGGCGUCAAAGGAGGGGGACAAUCGGGAAGGGGUCGUCACAGGUGGGGGACAAUCGAGGAGGGGGCAUCACGGGAGGGGGAGAAUCGGGGAGGGGGCUGGGAAUGGGGAUGCCGGAGUCGGGCGCCAGAGACAGGGAAGGGAGGGCUCGCUAGAGGUGGGAUCCCGGGUAAGAUCCCGUCCAUCCCAGGGAGAGGAAGGUACCGGGUGGCUGGAGCUCCGAGCUUUCUCCGCCUGUAG